AAAAGCCUAAAUCUCAGAGUUCAAAUACGAAAAAAAAAAUUGAAAAAGGAAGAAAAAUUGGUUAAUCUCUUUUAGUGUUAUACCGAGAACUGCAGAGAAACUAGAUUGACUCUUUCUCUCUUGUUGAUUUUGAUUUUCUCUCUCAAAAAAAAUCCUCAAAAUUUUAGGGUUCGUUCUUCUCGGUUAAACGGUUAAAUUCUGAAGAUGGAAGUCAAUUAGAAUUUAGAACCUGAGGUGUGGUGUUCAAUAAACUGCAGUUUGUUCUGAACUAAAGUGGUGUAAUAUUGGUUGCGUUUCCAUCCCCACGGUAGUGAGAGGAGUAAACUCAUUAAAUUCAUCUUCAAUGGAAUGCACUAAUGGUUCAGAGUCGAAUGAUAGGCUGUCACUGUCCAAUGGUGAGCUAAAUGAAGAGGAUGAUGUUAAUAAAGAAACACAAACUAAUGCAUCCUCUCGGUCAGUUGAAAAUGGCGGUCAAGAACAAUACAAUUUGCAGCAUGUUGCACUUACCAUACCUACUAUGCAUGAUGAAGGCCUCACGCAGCCUCCCCUGCUUGAGCUUGUCGGUCAUUCAAUCGCAUGUGCAUCAAAUCCUUAUAUGGACCCGCAUUAUGGAGGAAUGAUGGCAGCUUAUGGGCAUCAGCCUUUGGGAUAUCCUCCGUUUGUUGGAAUGCCUCAUGCAAGAACGACUUUACCGAUUGAAAUGGCACAAGAGCCUGUUUACGUAAAUGCCAAACAGUACCAGGGAAUUCUGAGGCGAAGGCAGGCCCGUGCCAAAGCAGAACUUGAGAAGAAGGUUUUAAAAUCCCGUAAGCCCUAUCUCCACGAAUCCAGGCACCAGCAUGCUUUGCGUAGGGUGAGAGGCACUGGAGGACGUUUCGCAAAGAAAACAGAUGCCGACAGGGGACAAGCAAAAGGAUCAGGUUCAGGUCCUGCCUUAUCUCAGUCUCCAAGUUCCUCAGAUUCCUAACCGUUGCAAACCGAUUCUGGCGAAACCUGGGCUUCCCUCCCUCUGCAAGAAGCAAGAGUGUCCCAAGUGUACGGCAUGCACCAUGUCAACGGCAGCAGUCAUUAUCAGAAAUUAGGCAGUAGCAUCUCCUCUGAUCAGGCCACUCGCUAUCCGGUGAACGGAGGGCACCCUUUCAAAAGCUGAAGGGUCAGUCGAACUCCCAAGACUUGUCCUUGAUCACAGUCGUGACAGUUCAUUGUCGAGGCAGUAAAUCAUUCUUGGCUCUGGUUGACGGAACGGGAGAAGAUAAGAGAAGAGAGAAGAGAUCGCAUAAGACUCGGCCAUCGUUUUCAUGUUCUGUGCUUUUAUCAUUUUUCUCUAGCUGCAAUUUUGUUCAUAGACUGUUGAAUAGAACACAAUAGCAAGGUAGUUAAAUUAGUGGUUUGUAGGAAAGGUUUCAUAACAAGCAGAUGACACCCAGGUUUUCUUUGUCGUUUUAGGUUAAAAGACAUUUCGUUUUGUAGAUCGAGUUGGCUGUCUUUACGAGUA